CACGGCGGCGUUUCGUGAAGCAGGACAACAAAAUCGACCUGCAGACGCUGCCCCCUCGACAGCGGCCAACGAAGAGAGUCCCCCAGACCGUUAUGACCGGGAACUGCGCGAUGACGAGCACGGUGAAUUUCAUCCUUGCCCCGCUCGUCCAUUAUCGCAACACUCGGGCUUUGAAGAACUUGACCUCCGACGCGACCGACAAAGACAUCUAUCUGCGAGAUGCUUGACCACUUCCGUCGGAACAGAGGCAAAAUCUCCCUUCAGUCGGAGAGGGCCCGAGUUCGAGCAGUUCUCAGACUCAAACCCAAGGUCGAGAAGAAAAGCCGCUCGACCGGUGUUUCCAACGUGGAGGUCUGGGUGAGGGAACUGAGGGACGUCUUCCGGAUCCGCACUGUCAGGGCAAGCAAGGGCGUGUUUCUGACCUGCGGCAGGUCUCGCCCCCUGCCAAACACCGGCAACCUGACCCUGGCCGACUUCGUGCGGAUCACGGACCCCACCACCAGCCAGACGGUCAGGCACUAUUGCACCUCGUGCCGGACCGUCAAGGCCGUCAGGCUGGUCCUCGUUCUAGCCAGCGACGCUCUAGUCAUCGAGAGCACGGCUGCCGAGCGAUUCGGCAUGCGGCUGACGAGGAGCGACCCCUCCGAGCUGCUGGAAGACCUUCCGCAGAAGGUGCGCAUCGCCGGCAAGUCGUGGCGCCUGUGCACGACAUACUGCGGCAUCCACGGCAGAGGCCUGUGCCACCAGUUUGUGCUGCACAGGCGUCAGGACGGCCAGGUGGCGAUGACUUGCGACUCGGACCCCACCAUCCGCAGCUGCACCUUUGCCAAGUACGACGAGGAGGGCUACGUUCCCAAGAAAGUGGCCUUCGACAUUUCCUACGCUCAGGACAUCCAAGUGGACGAAAAAGGUCGAGGGCCGCGAGGCGAACGCCCUGAGCAGCAGGUCCGAGUCCAGGCGGCACAAAGCGGAGUCCCCGACGAACGUCGCCGCCAAAAUAUCCAGCGCGGACACCGAGACGUAGCGUCGGGGAACAUGCAGGAGGAGGUGGCCACCGAGCUGGAGCUUGAUUUUUGGCAAUACAGCAACGAGUUGGCAGAACAGACGCAGCGGCAGAAGCAAAACGCGUCGCAGUACCUGGAGGGCGAGUUGGACGACACGGCCGCCAGCGAAGAGCGCGCCAGUGCCGCCGCCAAGCCCCGCCGCCGACCCGACCCUAAGCGUCAACACCUCCAGCAGCAAGACAUUCUCCUGGUUAGUCUCAUCUCGAAGCGAAGCGUGCUAUAUGAAAUUAAAUUCCAAUCAUAAAAUAAAUAAAUUGAA